UCCCUAACCUCCAAAUUAGUUCUUCAUUUCUCCAAUGGCGAAGAAAAGCAAGAAGAGAGAAGACCGACUCAGUGAUUUACCGGACUCAAUUCUAAUUCACAUUCUCUCUAUGUUGUGUGAAGACGCUGAAGAUAGUAAAAAAGUUGUGAGAACUAGCUUAUUAUCGAAGCGAUGGCAGUUUCUUUGGAAGUCUGUUCCAGUAUCACUUGAAAUCCGAUUCCCCGAUGAUUGCUAUUCCACCACACCUGCUAAGUGGGAAAGGGAUGUUCUCGAUUACUUGAAUUCCACCCAUAGGGAGCUUCAUUAUUGGAGGUCUUGUCACAAAAUCAGAAAAUUUAGUGUCAAUUGCGAUUCUAGCUACACAGAGAGAUUUGUUAAAGAUGUCCAUUUAUGGGUGUAUUUUGCAAGUAAACUAGCAAAUGUUGAACAUUUUAGACUUAGAUAUGAAGGUGCAUAUGAGUUUCCUCAGUUCGCAUUUAAGAAUAUGUCCUGGAGAAAGUUGGAUAUACAGUUAGGUGAAACAUUGAACCCUUCAGCCAAUGUGAGCUGGAGUGGUAUGGUUUCUCUUUCAUUAAGGUACAUGUAUUUGACGGAUGGUGUCAUGGAAAAUGUAUUAUCUGGUUGCCCUAACUUGGAGUGUUUGAAAUUGUACCAUUUUGUUGAUGUUCAUCGUUUGGAAAUCAGCAAUGUGAAGUUGAGAAAAUUGAUCAUAGACAACUCAGAAACUGACCAAUGUGACUUAUCGCUUUAAUUAUUAG